AUGAUAAUCACAUUAUUAAUCAAUUUAAUAAAAUGCUUAUCAUUUACAGGCACGGCGGACGCUCCUAUUAUGAUUGAUGAAAGCACUAAUACAGAGAUGAUUGUGGAUAAUGUAUGCGAAGAAAAGGACUUGCGAACUUCACAAGAAAUGUCGAUAACAGCAGAGGAAAUUCAAGAAGUGCGUGCUUUUAUUCUGGAACAAAAAAAGAAGAAGCAGGCUGCCGAGGCGCGACGCAGACGCUCAAUUGAAAAAUCGAGCUCAACUUUGAGUUCGGUUUCCACUUCGAGCAAAGCCCCGACCGCAAAGAAGUCACAAAGCAAGUCAAAUAAAAUAAGUGAAAAUGUUCCACAAAACAACGUUGACGCUGUUAUUAAGUCAGUUAUCAAACGAGCAAAAAGUCAAAUUCCCAAACAUUCAAAGGAAGAAGUGACUAAGGAUAUUCUUGAUGCAAUGAUGGAUUAUGAUGAGGAAGAAGACGAGUCUGAUGAUCCAGAUCCUAAUGAUGUUAUUUCUUUGGGCGAGGAUGAAGAGGAAUACAAGCGAAGGCGAAUCGAACGUAAGUUUGAUAUUUUUUUAUUUAAAUAUUUUCUAGGUAAACAACGCGCUGAACAAUUAGUUCCUGAAGGAUUACUCAAGCGUGCACAGGUGCUUAAAGUACCUCGUCAAGGAAUUUUCAUUCACCAGUGCAACAAUUGCCGAGAAAACCAGAAGAAACGACAAAAAUUUCUUUACAAGGCAGGAAGUCCUAUAAAUUUUACGCUUACAUUCGAAUUGUGCGCAGAGGACCUCGACAAAAAUAUAAACCUAGGGACAUUUUAUGCUCUCUCUUGGGGUAUUACAUAA